AAUAUAGUAGCGUACUCAUCCCCCUUUUUUUCUUUUUUUAAGGGCGUUCCUGAGACACCUGUUUUCACAGACAAAGUGGUGUUUAGAGUUUCGCCAUGGAUCAUGACGCCCAACACCCUCGAGCCUCAGGAGGUGUUUAUCUGCAGUACAUCUGAUAACUACCAGUUCCUCAAAGGAAUGAAGGACCUUGUUUACAGGAGCGGACACCAGCUGAAGAUCCUCCAAGAAUACAAGAACAGAGGAGACCGCUGGAUUCAAGAUGAGCUAGAAUUUGGCUACGUUGAUUCGCCCUAUCACAGGUUUCCUGUUGUUCUGGAUUCACCAAGAGAUGGAGAACUUGAUUAUUUCCCCUAUGGUGAUCUCCUGGACUGCAUUGACUGGAACAGGGAUGUGCUGAAGAAAGAGCUGGGCCUGGAUGAGGAGGAUAUUAUUGACCUGCCAAUCCUUUUCAAGCUGGUGUCUAAGGGCAAACAAGAAAGAGCAGUGGCCUACUACCCUGAUAUGGUCAACAUGAUUGUCUUGGGGAAACAUCUUGGCAUUCCGAAGCCGUUUGGCCCCAAGGUGAACGGCCGCUGUGUCCUGGAGGCCAAAAUGUGCUCCCUGAUGGAGGGCCUGGGUCUAACCUGCACGUUCAUUGACGAUUUUGCCUCCUACCACAAACUGCUGGGAGAGGUGCACUGCGGCUCCAACGUCCGUAGAAAGCCGUUUGAUUUCAAAUGGUGGAACGUUGAGCUGUGAAUGAAACACUGAAGCUGAGAAAAGCCAGGUCUACAUUAUUUUGGGAUUCAGUUAAAGUUGUUUCGGUAGUUAUAGGUACAGAAAAUGCUGUUUUAUGUCAGAGCAAAGCCUUUGUUUGAAUUAUAUUUAGAUGUAAAUGAAAAGCAAUUCCCUGUUUCUCCCACUUGAAUUCUUGAAAUUUCCAGGGGCUGAACCCUUUGCAAUACUUGCACUGCAGUAAACCUGGUGUGGUACAGAAGGAGUGCUUAGUAAUAAUCCAGGCUGAACAGCGUGUUUGUUUCUAUCUUGUGGAAAUAGAAUUUACAAUCAGAGCAAAGGUAGUUUUGUCAUUAAAUCUAAAAAUGAUGAAUAUGAAUGCAAUCACUUAAUCCUCAGUUAGGCACCAAUUGCCGCAGAGGACAACCUGAAAAUCUUCAAGAUAAUUUUCUAAAAUCAUCACCAAGAGAUUAAAAAGUACCACAUAUCAGUAAACAAAGGUGUUCCCGUUAUAUCUGUGAUAAAUUAAACUGGACAUGCAUGCUUAAAUAAAUCAAAUGCUCCUAUAACACCCUCCGACAGGAGGGGAACAAACAGGUUUAUUGUCCCCCCCAAUCCAGAGUUUGGAUUUUCCAACACUGUAUCACUUCAAAAUUAUAGACUCUCAUUCUUUGCAUGAAAUAAAUCAGCAUUUCAGAAGAAAUAACUCCAGAACUAGUGGUGUUCAUAUUCAUUUUUACUAAACCUUUUUCUUUACUUCAUUUACAAAAAAAGAUGAAAAGCAAUAUUUACAAACAAGUCAUUUUUAACAAGGGUUUAAAGCAAACAGUUCACAAAAAAAAAAAAA